GGUCGUUGUAUAUACUCCAUGGAGGGAUUUGUGCUAUUGGUUGAAGAAUAAUGAUAAAUUCUAAUUAAUGGAAGGCUGUGUGAAUAAUGUGAAUGAUGCUGAACUUGGAGUAACAGAAGACAAAUCAAGGAACUGUUCUUUGGAAACAAAACCUACUUAUGUUGGUGAACAUUCACAGGGAAGAAAAUUAUCAGUGUCGAGCCAUGUGAAUGAAAUACCACAGAAACAGAGAAUUCACUCCAAGGAUUCGGGACUCCCGUCGUCACCAUGUUUUUCUGGUAGCGACUCGGAUGUCGCAGACAUUCUCAACAGUAGUGACACGUCACCCGGCCUCUGUCAUAGGUUGAUGUCUGAUCCGACGCCGUGCCAACUAUGGCCAGCUUCUCUUUAUGGCGACACGAAGGAUAUGUGCGUCAACCAUGAUGUUUUUGAUGCCGAUGUUUCAGCUCUGUCGUCCUCUUCGGAUAAUAUCUCCAACGAUGUCGAUGCAUUUCAAAGUCCCCGACAUCAUCCAGUUUCAAGAUCAAUGUCCUCUGAACCGUUCUCGUCACAGUUUAGUCCACCCUCCAAGCGGUCCUUGAUGCCAACAAUUUCAUUCUCAUUCGGGGAAAAUAAUCCACCACCUGCAGUCCCAUGUUCACGGAAACAUCAAUCCUUUCCGUUUGAGACGACGGUCACAGCUGGCGAUACUCCUGAUGAGCGUUGCAGUGAUAAAAACAUUCCAUGUGUUCAACCAGCCGAUCCGAAUGACCUUUGUUCUGGUGGCAACAUGCAUUUCACGUCUGAUACCAAAAACACUCAGCAGUGUUACAGUGGUCUUGUGAAUGGUCAUUCUUCAGAUCAUCCGGAUCACGUCAACACAGACACCACCUCUCACUCUGAUGAUCACAAGAAAACAUCGGAGGUUGCUUGCUGGGGUCAUUUUUCCAAGCAUUCUGGGAAGCAUUAUAAGUACCGCCGCAGUGAUUAUUCCAGUGACAGUGAGGAUGACCCUCCUCAUGCAGCAUCCAUGUUGCAGAAAUCCAAAGUAAAAUCUGUGUGUUCCCAAAAGUCGCAUUUACCUCAAGUGUUGUGCAAGACUGCAUCACCAAAUAAGCUUGUCAAAGUUGAUUCCGUACACGUGUCCGACACAGAAGAUGUCUUGGAUUAUAGAGAAGGGGUGAAGCCCACUGUGUUCAAAGAAAAGUUGAUUACAAUCAUGAGAUGGUUUACCGAUUUUAAUGAUGAGCAGAAGAACAUUCUUCUCAAAAGUCUCUUGAAUGGUUGUGAUUUGCCUCAGAUUCACCUCCUGUCUGUGAAGAUGGAGGCCAACUUGCAUCGCGGCUGCCCUCCGAACUGUCAGGACAUUGUCACGUGGCUUCCAGCCACUCUCGCUGCCAAAAUUAUGGAUUAUUUAGAUCCCGUGAGUUUGUGUAGAGCAUCACAAGUAUGCAAAAUGUGGCAACUGUUGGCUGGCGAUCCAUCACUAUGGCGACGGUUUUGUUGUCAGCAAAAAUGGCGUCUAUCGAAGGCUGCGGAACAUAAACAAGUAAUCAGUCACAUGUCACUGGAAGGCAGUAUACAAUGGAAAAAUGUGUUUGCUGAAAGGUUUCGACUCCGGAAUAACUGGCUUCGAGGGAGAUGUACUGUGAGGACGUUUGAAGGUCACACUCAAGGUAUUUCCUGUGUUCAGUUUGAUGAUACUCGGAUUGUUAGUGGUUCAUCAGAUAAAACUAUUAAGGUUUGGAAUAUCCGAACUAACGCUCCGUGGUCUGUUCAGACAUUGGUUGGUCAUAGCAAUACUGUACGGUGUCUCCACCUGGAGGGGAACAGACUAGUUAGUGGAUCCAGUGACAGAACCAUUAAGGUGUGGGAUCUUUCAACCCAGGAUAGCUGGUCAAGUAUUGCCUGUAAGGUGACAAUGAUAGGUCACACACAUACAGUUCGCUGUUUGAAGGUGGAUGACGACAAGGUGAUAAGUGGAUCGUAUGACAAAACUCUAAAGUUGUGGGAUUUACGAACAGGAAACUGUCGCAUGACUCUCAGAGGGCACCAAGCGGCAGUGCUAUGUGUUCAUUUCAACGAGACGAAGAUCGUGUCCGGUUCUUGUGACAACACCAUUAAAGUGUGGAAUUACGAGGGCGUGUGUAUUAGAACUCUGACGGGUCACCAGGACGCAGUGACCUGUCUGCAGUUUGACUCAACGCGGAUUGUCAGUGGGUCUCUCGACUGUAACCUCAAGUUCUGGGACAUUCACACGGGCGAGUGUGUUAACACCAUUGACUGGAAGGCUGCGGAGGGCCACACAGGAGUUGUUCGGUGUCUCCAAGCUGAUGGGUGGAGGCUGGUUAGUGCAGCUGAUGACAAGACAAUCAAGGUUUGGAAUCUGGAAACAUGUCAGAGACUAGUCACACUUCAAAACCAUAAAGACGGCGUCACGUGUCUACAGUUCAACGACUUCAUCAUUGUGUCGGGAUCCUACGACAAAACCGUCAAACUGUGGGAUUUCAGUUGUUGUUAGAAACACUGAGUUUUAUUGAAGAGCUGACAGCAUUGCAAGUGUACUUACUAGUUUUGAUACUGUAAUAUUUGAUACUGAGAAGCGUUGAAAUGUUUUGAUCGUCACAAUGCAAUUUAUAUGGAUUGUUUUUGUUGAAGUGUUGUGACUUGAUCACCAUGUUUGGUCAUCUGGGAGUUGUCUCCCCGUUGUUUAUUGUUACAGUGACACUUUUUGGGGAGCCUGCAAUGAUUAUGCUUACCCUUCUAAAGAAACUGUUUAGUAACAUAUGGGUAAAUAAAUAAAGUUUGAGGUCACAAAAAUGUUUGUAAAAAUGCAUAUUUACUGAUAUGUCUUCUAGAUGAGGUAAGUUGAAAAGGUCAACAAUUUUGAUAAUGGAUAAAAAAAAAAAAAUUCUAUUUUUAAUAAUAAAUAUUUUGUAAGCAGCAAAACUAUA